AUGCCCCAGAUCGAGCUCACCUCCAACGAUCUACAGGAAAUCCUGACGUUCACUACUGCUCUUGCGCGUCAGGCAGGCGACCUCAUCCUCCGCGGCUCGGAAGCUAUUCUCGCGUCUGGAGACGUCGACGAGAAGAAGAAUUCGGUGGACCUUGUCACGGAGUACGAUGUCAAGGUUGAGGAGCUUGUCAAGGGCGAGCUGAACAAAAAAUAUCCCGGGUUCCAGUUCAUCGGUGAAGAGUCCUAUGCUGCAGGCUCUCGCCCACCACUCACAGACCUGCCCACCUUCUGCGUCGACCCCAUUGAUGGCACGACGAACUUCGUGCACGGCUUCCCGCACGUCGCGGUCUCCAUCGGGCUCAUCUACAACAAACGGCCCGUGCUGGGCGUGAUCUACAACCCAUUCCUCGAUCAGCUCUUCACGGGUGCGAAGGACCUUGGCUCGUACCUCACGCUGCGCGGGCAGACCCCACACCGCCUCCCCCUCACACGCCCGCGCCCGCUCCCAUCGCUCUCGCAGGCACUCAUCGGCAUUGAGUGCGGCUCGGACCGUAGCGCAAGCAUCAUGCACGUCAAGGCUGAGGCGUACCGCAAGCUCGCAGGCAACCCUGCCGAGGGCGUCGAGGGCGGCCGCAUGGCGCACUCGCUGCGCGCGCUCGGCACCGCGGCACUCGAGUUCUGCAUGGUCGCGCAGGGGGGUUUAGACAUUUACUGGGAGAUCGGCUGCUGGCCAUGGGACGUUUGUGCUGGCUCUAUCAUUGCCCAGGAAGCCGGUGGCAUGGUCGCCGGUUCGCCCUCGUCACCUUUGGACAACGACGUGAACGAAGCGGUUCUGACAGGCCGCAAAUACAUUGUUAUCCGUCCCAUUGGUGACUCGCCGACGGAGAAAGGCGUGGAUGCACAGAAGCGUCUCAUUAAAGACUUUUACGACACCGUCGGCGACUUUACUCCUCGUUGA